UAUACUAAAAACACGUGAAACUCAUCAGUAGGCGGCAGAAGAGCUUUCUCAAUCUCUAGUCAAUACCAUGGAAUCUGUUUUGACAGUCUCUUUUCCUAACUCCGUGAAAACUCUCAAUGGGACUAACUAUGAGGACUGGAAAGAUUCUUUGAAUCUCUACUUAUCCCUGCAUGAUUUCGAUUUAGCUUUACGAAUUGACAAACCUGCUGCCAUUACCGCUCAGUCUACCGAAGCUCAGAAAACGCUACAUGAAAAAUGGGAAGCCUCCAACAGAAAAUGCGUAAAUGUCAUUAGUUAUACUAUGGAGAAAUCUAUUAGGCAGAGCAUUCAUGAAAUUGAUGUUGCUAAAGAUUACUUGAAGGCUGUUGGUAAAAAAUUUACUCGCUUUGACAAAGCUAAGAAGAGUGAAUAUCUGUCAUUGUUCGAUAAGACCCUUUAUGAUGGUGUUAGUGGCGUCCGUGAACACAUCAUGAAGAUGAUUCAUUACUAUAAUAAGUUGAAGGAGCUUAAAGUUGAGAUUGGUGAAGAUACUUUAAUCUGGAGAGUCCUUCAGUCCCUGCCUCCUCAAUUUGAUGUCAUGAGGACUUCCUAUAACACUCAAAAGGCAGAAUGGACAAUUGAUGAAAUGAUCGCUAUAAUCACACAAGAAGAAGAAACUUUCAAAAAGGGAAAAGAGCAGAGUGUUCAAUUUGCUGCUGCUUCUACCUCUGGCACGAAGGUUUUUAGAGGAAACAAUUACAAAGGAAGAAAUCAUCAUCAUGAUAGGAAGAAGGGAAAGGAAACACACAAUUUGGAACCAAAGAAGAAAAUAUUUAAAUGACAGUCGUAUAAGGGUAUGUGCAAGUACUGCAAGAGUUAUGGACACAAGGUUGAUGACUGUUUUUUUAUGAAAAGGAAACUCGAAAAACAAGGGGUUUCAAAGCCUGAGGAAACCAAGUGAUGCUGAGGCAAAGGUCAUCGUGGGCGAUGGAGCUGGAGUACCUGUUUUAGAAAUAGGAGUUGUUUCUUUGCUUUUACCUUCUGGUCAUACUUUAAUUCUGAAAGAUGCAGUUUAUGUACCUUCCAUGAGAAGGAAUUUGAUUUCAGUUUCAGCAUUGGA